CUCGGGCCUGGGUGGAGGGCGUCCUUUUACUACUGGCCCGAUUGGAGUUUUUCGAGAGUUUGAAGCGCUUGUGGAUUUGAACAGCGUGAGAAGCGUUCCUUGUGCGAUCUUCGCACGCCCCAGCCAGGCCCGGCCUUGCGCGGGGCGCCGUUGGCGCGCGCCUGUGGCCCCCUGAGCGAGGCUGCGCAUGUCACCUCGCGCGCGUCCCCGGCCUCACUUCCGCGUCGCGCAGCAAACUCACUGGUAACAUCGACGCCAGAGAGAGCGGCCACGAGGCGGGCGGGGUGAGAAGCGCCCUUGGCGCGGCUCUGCCCUCGCGUGCGUGGGGUGCCGCACCGCAUGGCUGGGAAGUCUGCUGUGACUAUGUGGUGACUACAAUUAUCUUACUACUGAGUUUCCCACUGGAAUCAUGGAGGAGAAACAGCAGAUUCUAUUGGCUAAUCAAGAUGGUGGUACAGUGGCAGGAGCAGCACCUACCUUCUUUGUCAUCCUAAAACAGCCAGGAAAUGGCAAAACUGAUCAAGGAAUUUUGGUUACUAAUCGGGAUGCCUGUGCUUUGGCUAGCAGUGUGUCAUCACCAGGAAAAUCUAAAGGGAAGAUUUGCCUUCCAGCUGAUUGUACUGUGGGAGGAAUCACUGUCACCUUGGAUAACAAUAGUAUGUGGAAUGAAUUCUAUCAUCGAAGCACAGAGAUGAUUCUGACCAAGCAGGGAAGACGCAUGUUUCCAUACUGUCGUUACUGGAUAACAGGUUUAGAUUCAAAUAUGAAGUAUAUCCUUGUCAUGGAUAUAUCUCCUGUGGAUAAUCAUCGUUAUAAGUGGAAUGGUCGCUGGUGGGAACCAAGUGGGAAGGCUGAGCCCCAUGUUUUGGGGAGGGUUUUUAUUCACCCAGAAUCUCCCUCCACAGGUCAUUAUUGGAUGCAUCAACCAGUAUCUUUCUAUAAACUUAAACUUACCAACAACACACUGGACCAAGAAGGGCAUAUCAUCUUGCACUCUAUGCAUCGCUACCUGCCAAGACUUCAUUUGGUGCCUGCAGAAAAGGCUACUGAAGUGAUACAAUUAAAUGGCCCUGGUGUCCAUACUUUUACCUUCCCACAGACUGAAUUCUUUGCAGUAACAGCUUAUCAGAACAUUCAGAUUACCCAGCUGAAAAUAGAUUACAAUCCAUUUGCUAAAGGGUUCCGGGAUGAUGGGCUGAAUAGUAAGCCCCAGAGAGAUGGAAAACAAAAGAACAGCUCUGACCAGGAAGGUAAUAGUGUUCCCAGUUCUCCUGGUCAGCGGGUCCGUCUUAUAGAAGGUGAGGGGUCAGAGGUACAGCUAACAGAUUCAGAUCCUUUAUCAAGGGGUCAUGAAACAUCAGGCAAGGGUUUGGAGAAGGCUUCUCUUAAUAUAAAACGGGACUUUCUUGGCUUCAUGGAUAUUGAUUCAGCAUUGGGUGAAGUUCCUCAAUUGAAACAGGAGGUUACUGAAAGUCUUGUUGCCAACAAUUUUGAAGACGGCUCCCAUGUAACAUCACCAUUAGACCCGGAUGGAAACUUCAAUGUUGUUAUUAAAGAGGAACCUGUAGAUGAUUAUGAAUAUGAGCUUGCUGAGUGCCCAGAAGGGGUAACUGUAAAACAAGAAGAGACAGAUGAAGAAACAGAUGUAUACUCAAACAGUGAUGAUGAUCCUAUACUAGAGAAACAGCUAAAGAGACACAAUAAAAUUGAUAACCUAGAAGCUGACCAUCCGUCUUCUAAAUGGCUACCCAAUAGCCCAUCAGGUGUUGCUCAAGCUAAAAUGUUCAAGUUAGACGCUGGAAAGAUGCCGGUAGUCUAUCUGGAGCCCUGUGCUGUCACUAAAAGCACAGUGAAGAUUUCUGAGCUCCCUGAUAACAUACUUUCCACAUCUCGAAAAGAUAAAUCUUCUAUAUUGACAGAAUUAGACUAUUUGCCUACAUACGUUGAAAAUUCCAAUGAGACUGACUUCUGCUUAGGCAAGGAAUCAGAAAAUGGUCUUAGAAAACAUUCACCAGAACUUGGGGUGGUACAGAAGUAUCCCUUACUUAAAGAGCCUCAAUGGAAAUAUCCUGAGAUAUCGGACAGCACUACCACAGAAAGAAUACCUGACAGUUCAAAGAAUUCUGCUGGAGACUCAUUUUUCGGAAAAGAGGACUUGGGCAGAAGGAGAACAACUGUGCUUAAGAUUUCAACAGUCACCAAGGUUGUGAAUGCUAAUCAGAAUACCCCUUCAAAUGUCUCCGGAAAAAGAGGAAGGCCACGAAAAUUGAAACUUUCUAAGGCAGGGAGACCACCUAAAAACGCAGGAAAGUCUUUACCUUCUACAAAGACCACUCCUAUAGGUCCUGGGAUUACCUUUCCAGAUGUGAAGCCUGAUCUGGAAGAUGUGGAUGGUGUUCUCUUUGUUUCCUUUGAAUCAAAGGAAGCUCUUGAUAUUCAUGCAGUUGAUGGCACAACUGAAGAACCCUGUAGUCUUCAGGCAUCAACCACAAAUGAUCCAGGUUGCAGAGCAAGAAUUUCCCAGUUGGAAAAGGAAUUGAUAGAAGAUUUGAAGGCCUUGCGGCACAAGCAGGUGAUACAUCCUGGUCUUCAAGAAGUGGGCUUAAAAUUGAAUUCAGUGGAUCCGACAAUGAGCAUUGAUCUUAAAUACUUGGGAGUACAGCUGCCUUUGGCUCCAGCCACUAGCUUUCCUUUCUGGAACCUUACAGGAACCAACCCUGCUUCUCCUGAUGCUGGAUUUCCCUUUGUUUCUAGGACAGGGAAGACCAAUGACUUCACCAAAAUCAAGGGAUGGAGAGGAAAGUUCCAUAGUGCUUCUGCAUCUAGGAAUGAAGGUGGAAAUUCGGAGGGUCCCCUGAAAAACCGUUCUGCUUUCUGCAGUGAUAAGCUCGAUGAGUACUUGGAAAAUGAAGGCAAACUGAUGGAAACAAGCAUGGGUUUCUCUUCUAAUGCUCCCACAUCUCCUGUGGUAUACCAGCUUCCCACCAAGAGUACCAGCUAUGUACGAACACUUGACAGUGUACUAAAGAAGCAAUCUACCGUUUCCCCUUCUACCUCCUAUUCUUUGAAGCCUCAUUCUUUGCCCCCUGCCUCUCGAAAGACAAAGUCUCAAAACAAACAGGCAACUUUCAGUGGCCGAACUAAAUCAUCUUAUAAAUCCAUUUUACCAUACCCUGUUUCACCAAAGCAGAAACAUGCUUAUAUGAUUCCAGGAGAUAAGGCUGCCAAGAAUUCUUCAAGUACUAUCUCAGAAAAUCAGGUGAAUAACUUUGUUGUGCCAACUUUAGAUGAAAAUACAUUUCCAAAGCAGAUUAGUUUGCGGCAGGCACAGCAGCAGCAGCAGCAGCAACAACAGGGAACUCGCCCUGCAGGCUUGUCUAAAUCUCAAGUGAAGCUAAUGGACCUGGAAGACUGUGCACUUUGGGAAGGAAAACCAAGGACCUAUAUCACUGAAGAGCGAGCAGAUGUAUCCUUAACAACUCUACUUACUGCUCAAGCAUCUCUCAAAACUAAACCCAUCCACACAAUCAUAAGGAAACGAGCCCCUCCAUGCAACAAUGACUUCUGUCGAUUGGGUUGCGUGUGUUCCAGUCUAGCUUUGGAGAAGCGCCAGCCUGCUCACUGCCGCCGACCAGACUGCAUGUUCGGAUGCACUUGUUUGAAAAGAAAAGUUGUACUUGUUAAAGGAGGAUCCAAAUCUAAGCAUUUCCAGAGGAAGGCUGCUCAUCGUGAUCCAGUAUUUUAUGAUGCUUUGGGAGAGGAACAAAGAGAAGAAAGAGAAGAGGGAGUCAGGGAGGAGGAAGAACAAUUAAAAGAGAAAAAGAGGAGAAAGAAGCUGGAAUACACUAUAUGUGAAACAGAGCCUGAACAGCCUGUUCGACAUUACCCAUUAUGGGUGAAAGUAGAAGGUGAAGUAGAUCCAGAGCCAGUUUAUAUCCCAACGCCUUCUGUCAUUGAGCCGAUGAAGCCGUUGUUGUUGCCUCAGCCAGAAGUUUUACCUACUACUGUGAAGGGCAAACUGCUCACUGGAAUUAAACCUGCACGGGCAUAUACUCCCAAACCCAAUCCUGUGAUUCGGGAAGAGGACAAGGAUCCAGUCUACUUGUACUUUGAAAGUAUGAUGACUUGUGCUCGUAUUCGAGUAUACGAACGGAAAAAAGAGGAACAGAGACAACCGUCACCAUCACCAUCCCCGUCAUUGCAGCAACAGGGCUCAUGUCAGUCUAGUCCCGAGAACUGUAGUGUAAAGGAGCCUGAUUCUGAACAGCAGCCCUUGAAACCAAUCACCUGUGACCUAGAGGAUGAUUCUGAUAAAUCGCAAGAAAGAAGCUGGAAGUCUUCCUGCAAUGAAGGAGAGUCCUCUACCUCCUAUGUGCAUCAGAGGUCACCAGGUGGUCCCACUAAACUGAUAGAAAUCAUCUCAGACUGCAACUGGGAGGAGGAUCGGAACAAGAUUUUGAGCAUCUUAUCCCAGCACAUCAAUAGCAACAUGCCACAAUCACUUAAGGUGGGCAGCUUCAUCAUUGAGUUGGCUUCUCAGCGAAAGAGCCGGGGUGAGAAGAACCCUCCUGUUUAUUCUUCUCGUGUGAAAAUCUCUAUGCCAUCAUGUCAAGACCAAGAUGAUGUGGCUGAGAAAUCUGGAUCAGAGACUCCUGAUGGUCCAUUAUCCCCUGGGAAAAUGGAUGAUAUCUCUCCUGUGCAGACAGAUGCCCUGGAUUCAGUAAGGGAGAGAUUACAUGGAGGCAAAGGUCUGCCUUUUUAUGCAGGGCUCUCUCCUGCAGGGAAGCUUGUGGCCUAUAAGCGUAAACCCAGUUCAAGCACAUCUGGGCUUAUCCAGGUUAAUGGUAAGAGUUACCCGCAGGCUAAGUUGCUAUUGGGACAGAUGGGGGCAUUGCAUCCAGCCAAUAGGCUAGCUGCUUAUAUCACAGGCAGGUUGCGACCCUCAGUCCUGGACCUCUCAACCCUCAGUACUGUCAUCUCCAAGGUAGCAUCCAAUGCCAAGGUGGCUGCAUCCAGGAAACCACGUACCCUGUUGCCUUCAACAUCCAAUUGCAAAACGGCAUCCUCCUCUGGCGCUACAACAAAUCGCCCUGGGAAGAAUCUGAAGGCAUUUGUCCCGGCAAAAAGACCAAUUGCGGCUCGACCCUCUCCUGGUGGUGUGUUCACACAGUUUGUGAUGAGUAAAGUUGGAGCCCUGCAGCAGAAGAUACCUGGAGUUAGCACACCCCAACCCCUAACAGGGCCACAGAAGUUCAGUAUCAGACCUUCUCCAGUAAUGGUCGUCACACCUGUGGUUUCUUCUGAGCCAGUUCAGGUGUGCAGCCCUGUGACUGCUGCUGUCACUACUACCACCCCUCAAGUAUUUUUAGAGAAUGUUACUGCUGUGACACCUAUGACUGCUAUUUCUGACGUGGGAACUAAAGAAACUACUUAUUCUUCUGGUGCCACCACUGCAGGGGUUGUUGAGGUUUCUGAAACUAAUGCCAGCACCCCUGUAACACCUACCCAGUCUACAGCCACUGUGAACCUUAUCAAAACGACUGGGAUAACUACCCCUGUGGCUUCAGUUGCUUUUCCUAAGUCUUUGGUAGCAUCUCCUCCAACUAUAACUCUUCCUGUUGCUUCCACUGCCUCCACCUCCAUAGUCGUGGUGACCACAGCUGCAUCUUCCUCCAUGGUGACCACACCAACUUCAUCUCUGGGCUCUGUUCCCAUUAUACUCUCGGGAAUUGAUGGGAGUCCACCAGUGAGCCAGAGACCAGAAAAUGCCCCUCAGAUUACAGUGGCUACUCCCCAGGUCUCUCCUAACACAGUGAAACGUACUGGACCUCGAUUAUUGCUGAUUCCAGUGCAGCAAGGUUCUCCUACUCUUAGACCUGCCCCAAACACACAACUUCAGGGGCAUCGGAUGGUCUUGCAACCUGUGAGGAGCCCAAGUGGAAUGAAUCUAUUCAGGCAUCCUAAUGGGCAGAUUGUUCAGCUCCUCCCUUUGCAUCAACUUCGAGGCUCUAAUACUCAACCCAACUUACAGCCUGUCAUGUUUCGGAACCCAGGCUCUGUGAUGGGAAUCCGGUUACCCACUCCUUCCAAACCUUCAGAGACUCCACCAUCUUCUGCUUCGUCCUCUGCUUUCUCUGUUAUGAAUCCUGUAAUUCAGGCUGUUGGGUCUUCUCCAGCAGUGAAUGUUAUCACUCAGGCACCAUCAUUGCUUUCUUCUGGACCUAGUUUUGUGUCUCAGUCUGGUACAUUGACCCUGAGGAUUUCCCCUCCUGAACCACAGAGCUUUGCAAGUAAAACAGGCUCUGAAACCAAAAUAACCUAUAGCUCAGGAGGGCAGCCUGUUGGUACAGCCAGUCUUAUUCCUCUCCAGUCUGGUAGUUUUGCUUUGUUACAGCUCCCUGGACAAAAGCCUGUUCCCAGUUCCAUUCUUCAACAUGUUGCUUCUCUUCAGAUGAAGAAAGAGUCCCAGAGUGCAGACCAGAAAGAUGAAACAAGCUUUUUAAAAAGAGAGCAGGAACCUAAGAAGGCCCUGCAGUCAGAAGGAGAAACUAUAGAUUCUGAAGCUAAUAUAAUAAAACAAAACUCAGGAGCUGCUGCCUCAGUAGAAAUCGUGAGUGAUUCCUUAGGAGAUGGGGGUGAUAAUUUGGAUGAAGAAUCCCUUACAGAAGAAGGUCCUAUAACUGUUAAACCCUCUGAGCACUCCUAUAUCACUGGGUCACACAUAGGUGAAGACUAUAAAGAUGGAGAUGAAGAGCUUGGGAUUCGAAAUCAUAAGAGUUCCAAAGAAAAACGGACUGUUCUAGAAGUUAAGACCACUUCCAAAAAAGCCAGCAAUGUGAUAGUCCAAAGUGCAAGUAAUGUACAGCUUAAAAAGCUUGGUGAUGUGAAAGUGGAACAGCAGAAAGGGUUAGAAAAUCCAGAGGAAAACUCAAAUGAGUUUCCAGUCAUCUCUAAGGAAGAACGUAAGCUCGAAUUAUCAGGGAGCAAAGUUGGGGAGCAGCAGUCUUUUCCACAGCCAGAGGCCAAGGAGAAGGGAUGUGGAGACUCUCUGGAGAAAGACAGUAUUAGGGAGAGGUGGAGAAAACACCUGAAGGGCCCUUUGACUCAGAAAUGUGUUGGAACUAAGCAAGAAUGCAAGAAAGAGGCAGAUGAGCAGUUAAUUAAAGAAAUAAAGACUUGUCAGGAAAAUUCAGAUGUGUUUCAACAAGAACAAAGCAUCUCUGAUUUACUUGGAAAAAGUGGAACUACUGAAAAUGUCAGAGUUUUAAAAACUGAAUGUGAUUCUUGGAGUAGGAUUUCUAGUCCUACAGCCUUCUCCAUUGUUCCAAGGAGAGCUACAAAAGGGAGCAGAGGGGAAGGACGUUUUCAGGGUCACUUACUGCUGUCAGGAGAACAGAUAGAACCAAAGCAAGAGAAGAAUGGUGGACGAAGCAGUGUUUUGGAUUUGGAAGAGGAGGACGAGGAAGAGGAGAAUGAGAAAACCGAUGAUUCUAUUGAUGAGAUUGUGGAUGUUGUUUCUGACUACCAGAGUGAGGAGGUUGAUGAUGUAGAAAAGAAUAACUGUGUAGAGUACAUUGAGGAUGAUGAGGAGCAGGUGGACAUAGAGACUGUGGAAGAGCUCUCUGAGGAUAUUAAUGUUGCUCACAUGAAGACCACAGCUGCCCAAACGCAGACUUUUAAACAGCCGUGCCGUACCCAUAUCUCUGCAGAUGAAAAAGCUGCUGAAAGGAGUCGAAAGGCUCCACCAAUUCCUCUAAAACUGAAGCCUGAUUACUGGAGUGAAAAACUACAGAAAGAAGCAGAAGCUUUUGCUUAUUAUCGCCGGACACACACUGCCAAUGAGCGUCGCCGGCGUGGUGAAAUGAGGGAUCUCUUUGAGAAAUUGAAGAUUACAUUGGGAUUGCUUCAUUCUUCUAAGGUUUCCAAAAGUCUCAUUCUCACUAGGGCAUUCAGCGAAAUUCAGGGACUAACAGAUCAGGCAGACAAAUUGAUAGGACAGAAAAAUCUCCUGACUCGAAAACGGAAUAUUUUGAUACGGAAAGUAUCAUCUCUUUCAGGUAAGACAGAAGAAGUGGUCCUGAAGAAGUUAGAGUAUAUUUAUGCAAAACAACAAGCACUAGAGGCACAAAAAAGAAAAAAGAAGAUGGGAUCAGAUGAGUUUGAUGUGUCUGCCAGAACUAGCAAACAGCAGGAAGGAUCUUCUGCAUCAUCUGUAGAUGUUGGACAGAUGUUUAUAAAUAACAGGAAGGGGAAACCUUUGAUUCUUUCCAGAAAAAGAGACCAGGCCACAGAAAAUACCUCACCCUCUAACACUCCACACACCUCUGCCAACAUCGUGAUGACUCCGCAAGGGCAAUUGCUCACCUUAAAAGGUCCUUUAUUCUCAGGACCAGUGGUAACUGUUUCUCCUGCUCUCUUAGAAACAGAUCUGAAGCCUCAAGCUGCCACCAGUGCUGUGGCUCAAUCAGAAAAUGACGACUUAUUUAUGAUGCCAAGAAUUGUUAAUGUGACAUCAUUGGCCACAGAGGGAGGUUUGGUAGAUAUGGGUGGCAGCAAAUAUCCUCAUGAAGUUCCUGAUGGCAAGCCACCUGACCACCUGAAAAGUACUGUCAGGAAUGAAGAUAACUCCUUUGAAGAUUCGGGUAGAAUCUCUUCCAGAGGCAGCCAUAGAGAUGGCAGAGUGGCACUGGGUCCAACACCAGUUUUUCUGGCAAAUAAAGAUUCUGGUUUUCCACAAAUAGUUGAUGUUUCCAGUAUGCAAGAAGCACAAGAGUUCUUACCCAAAAAGAUUGCUGGUGAAAUGAGAGGUAUUCAAUAUAAAUGGAAAGAGUGUGAAUCUAGACGGGAGAAACUGAAGCCAAAGGAGUCCACAUUUCAUAAAUUGAAGAUGAAAGAUCUCAAAGACUCCAGUAUAGAGAUGGAACUGAGAAAGGUAGCAUCAGCUAUAGAGGAAGCAGCGCUGGAUCCCGGCGAACUGCUAACUAAUAUGGAAGAUGAGGAUGAUACUGAUGAGACACUGACUUCUCUGCUCAAUGAGAUUGCCUUUCUUAAUCAGCAACUAAAUGAUGACUCUGUUAGCCUGGCUGAACUGCCCAGCUCUAUGGAUACGGAGUUCCCAGGGGAUGCUCGACGGGCUUUUAUCAGUAAACUUCCUCCUGGGAACCGAGCGACUUUCCAGGUUGGCCACUUGGGAACUGGUUUGAAAGAGUUGCCUGAUGUACAAGGGGAGAGUGACUCUGUCAGUCCUCUCCUCUUGCACUUGGAAGAUGAUGACUUUUCUGAGAAUGAAAAACAACUUGCAGAACCAGCGUCUGAGCCAGAUGUCCUUAAGAUUGUUAUCGACUCUGAGAUAAAGGAUUCCCUCCUUUCUCACAGGAAAGCCAGUGAUGGAGGGAAGAGUACUUCUGGUGUCCCUGCAGAGCUUGAAAAUGUGUCCUCACCUCCCAUCCUACACAUGAAGGCUGGCCUAGAGAACAACAGCACAGAUACUUUGUGGAGGCCUAUGCCAAAGUUAGCACCUUUAGGUUUAAAAGUAGCUAAUCCUUCUAGUGAUACAGAUGGUCAGGGUCUCAAGGUGAUGCCUUGUUUGGCACCUAUAGCUGCCAAAGUUGGACACAAAAUGAACUUAACAGGGAAUGACCAGGAAUGCCGGGAGAGCAAGGUGAUGCCUACAUUGGCACCUGUUGUGGCCAAAUUGGGCAACUCUGGGGCCUCACCAAGUUCUGCAGGGAAAUGAACUUUCCUGUCCUCAGGCAGAAGCCACGCUAUGAGGGAAACCUCCUUUCUCUGUAGGCAUCUGUUUAUUUGUGUCAUGGAACUGUGAUCCUUGACUUUGAUGCAGUGGAUGAUGGUAGAGAAAGGGGGGUAGGGUGCUGACCUCGGUAUAAGAAAUUACUACUAUGAAAUUCUGAUCAUGUUAAAAUGUGUUACCUCACUUGUGGUGCUGGGUCUCCUCAUCCUCUCUAAGAAGAUGUGAUCCAUUACUGAACACGAGGUGCCCCUCUUACCCAAGGAAUUCAUAACAAGACUCUAGGUCCAUAGUGGUUCCUAGUUCUUCCCUCCCAGAGAAAAAGCUGCUUGAGACUUUGCAGUUGUUAUGGGCUGAGUUGUAGUGGAUAGCUAUUGUUUAUGUGGCUUAAGUGUGAAAUCCAAGGAAUGUGAUGCACUCGGGCAAAGGGAUCCAGAAGAGAGUUUUUAAUUGGUGGUUCGAGUAGGGUGAGAGAGGAUGGGUACCAUGGAAUACCAAAGUGAAAUGCUUUGUGUCAUUCAGCAAAAUAUUCUCUUCUGUCAUAUCCCAAGUAGCUUCCAUUUCCUUAUCUUUCAAUCAGAAUUACAAAUCCAAGCCUUCUGGUAAAGUAGGAAUGCUUUUAACUUUUAUUACUGAGGUGAUUAUUUUCAGAUGUUAAAAUACUAGCUCUCCCUUACUGAGUGUUGAAAAAACAUUUCAUGAUACCAGGGGUUUCUACCUGGGAUACAUAUUUUGGAAGUAGGCAUGGAGGGAGCCCUCCCCUUUUCACAUAUCACAUCACUCAAGAGACAGACAGAAUGAAAAGCAUUCCCUGCCCAGACCAGAGACCGCGGCCAAAACAAAAAAAAAAUUGUGGGGCUGGAUAUUUCCCAAAUCACACCAGCCUCCUGGUGCUUGAAGGUUUCAUUCACUUUUACCUGCACAGGAUGUAAAGGAAAGAAAA